AUUGGCAAGAAUGAAGGGGCUGCUGGUUUUCACUGCGCUGUUUGUGGCUGUGUUCGGGAAGGAGACCUUCCAGGGAGACCAGGUCCUUCGUAUCACUGCGAAAGAUGAGGGCCAGCUCGCUCUCCUGAAGGAACUGGCUGGGAUGGAACAUCUCGAACUGGAUGUGUGGAGGGAACCCACUGACCUCUCCACACCCGUGGACAUCAGAGUCCCCAACAUCCACCUGCAGACUGUCAAGGCCUUCCUGGAGGCCGAAGACAUUCAAUACUACAUCAUGAUUGAGGACCUGCAGGUAAUGUUGGAUGAGGAACAGGAGCAGAUGCUCAAGGCUGCUCGCACCGCUGCCCCGAGGACCACCGAUGACUUUGACUACUCCAACUACCACACCAUUGACCAAAUCUACGCUUUCCAAGACAUGCUGGUAGCAGAAAACCCCAGCCUGGUCAGCAAAGUUGUGAUUGGCCAGAGCUACGAGCGCCGGCCCCUGACUGUGCUCAAGUUCAGCACUGGUGGAACGAACAAACCUGGCAUCUGGAUUGACACUGGAAUCCACUCCAGAGAAUGGGUCACUCAGGCUAGCGGCACCUGGUUUGCCAAGAAGAUUGUGACCGACUACGGACGUGACACUGCCCUCACCUCCAUCCUGAACAAGAUGGACAUCUUCCUGGAGGUCAUGACCAAUCCUGACGGCUUCGCCUACACCCAAACUAGUAACCGUAUGUGGCGUAAGACCAGGAAACCCAACCCUGGCUCUUCCUGUGUUGGAACUGACCCCAACAGGAACUGGGAUGCUGGUUUUGGGGGUCCUGGAGCCAGUUCCAGCCCAUGUUCUGAGACGUACCGUGGACCCAGUGCUCACUCCGAGUCAGAGGUCAAGUCUAUUGUGGACUUUGUUACAUCUCAUGGCAAACUGAAGUCCUUUGUGUCCAUCCAUUCCUACUCCCAGAUGCUCCUUUACCCCUACGGCUACACCAAGACCCCCUGCAAGGACCAGAAUGAACUGCACAACUUGGCCAAAAAAGCCAUCACUGACCUGGCUUCUCUGUACGGGACCUCCUACAGAUAUGGCAGCAUCAUCAACACAAUCUACCAGGCUAGCGGUGGCACCAUUGACUGGACCUACAACCAGGGCAUCAAGUACUCCUACACCUUUGAACUUAGAGACACUGGUCGCUAUGGUUUCAUCCUGCCAGCCAAUCAGAUCAUCCCUACUGCCAGAGAGACUUGGCUGGCUCUGAUGGCCAUCAUGAAGCACACCAGUGACAACACCAUGUAGAUUUCACCAUGACAGUGUUGCAAGUAAUCUGUCAGAACCAUCAUCUACUAGAAAAAAAAUAUUUUACUGAUUUCUCAUGGACAGAUUACCAGAAAUAUUUACUUGACUGUUUAGCCUUGGGUUAAGUAGAAUAUGGUUUGCUGUCCCAACGAUCAUGCUUUGCAAGAAAAUAAAAAGAAUCGAC